AUACCAACAAACAAAAACCUUAGGAAAACUAAUCAUUAACCAGACCACCAUGUCUCGUGAAACCAACCUCCUCAUGAGUUCUUUUAUUCUUCUUCUCCAAUUUUGCACAGCCAGAGACACCAUAACCACAAUCCAAUCUCUCAAGGAUGGUCAAUUGUUAGUCUCCGGCAACAAGGCCUUCGCACUUGGGUUCUUCAGCCCCGGCAAGUCCACCAACCGGUAUCUCGGAAUAUGGUACAACAAUGUUUCAGAACAAACUGUGGUGUGGGUUGCAAACAGAGAUAGGCCAAUCAAUGACACAUCCGGAGUUCUCUCCUUGGACAACACCGGAAACCUCGUCAUUCACGGCCCGGACAAGAAAAUCCCGGUCUGGUCGACCAACGUGUCGGCCUCGGGGAAUGUCUUUUCAGCUCAAUUGUUGGAUUCAGGGAAUUUGGUAGCCUUUCAAGGUGAUGGCAAGGGGGCAGUCGUGUGGCAGAGUUUUGAUUAUCCUACAGACACCCUGCUUCCUUUAAUGAAACUUGGGGUGGACCGGAGAACCGGUCUGAGCUGGUUUCUGACAUCUUGGAAGUCGCGUGAUGAUCCGGGAAUCGGAGAGUACUCGUUCAAAAUGGACCUUAUUGGGUAUCCGGAGUUUUUUUUGUAUAAGGGUUUGGUCCGGUUAUGGAGAACCGGACCGUGGAAUGGGGUUAGAUGGAGUGGGGUACCAACUAUGACACCCAAGUUCAUCUUCAAUGUCCAUUACGUCGACAAUCAAAAUGAGGUUUCCAUGUCAUACCUCAUCAACGACACCUCGAUUUUCUCAAGAAUGGUUGUGAAUGAAUCGGGGACAAUAGAUAGGCUGACGUGGCAUACGGACCACCAACAAUGGAUCGGGUUCUGGUCGGUCCCCAGGGAUGAAUGCGACUACUACAGUCAUUGUGGGGCAAAUGGCAACUGUGACUCAUCCGUGAAUGCUGGUGAGUUCGAGUGCAUGUGUUUACCAGGGUUCGAGCCCAAGUUGGCACGUGACUGGUACUUAAGGGACGGGUCAAGUGGGUGUAAAAGAAAACGUAGAGGAGGCACGUGUCAAAAUCAAGAGGGUUUCAUCAAAAUGAUACGUGCUAAGUUACCAGACACUUCGACAGCACUUGUCAAUAAAACUAUUGGAUUAAAAGAAUGUGAAACAGAGUGCUUGAAGAACUGUUCAUGCCAAGGGUAUAGCAGUGCAGAGAUCUCACUGGGGGGAAUUGAGAGUGGAUGUGUGACGUGGCAUGGGGACUUGAUGGACACAAGAGAGUUUUCGAGUGGGGGCCAAGAUUUAUACGUACGUGUUGAUGCUGUCGAAUUAG